UGCAGCUAUGGAGGACCUUCAAGACCCCAGUUUCAGUGUUCCUAGUGCCUUGAGUAUCGCUGAUGAACUGAAGGAUGAUUUCUACUUCAAUCUUCUGGAUGACUUCCUUGGGUCUCAGACUGGCGAAUCACUGAAUUUGGAUGAAAAGCCCUGCACAAACCGGCUCCUGGUGCAACUAUAAUAGCGAAAUGUGGUGGAAUCAUGCUGCUGUCACGCACAUUUUGGUGGCCUUUUUCGGAAUGGGAUCAUGGAUAGCUGUAAACUCGUUUUGGGUUGAGUUGCCUGUGGUGGUAAGCGUUUUGCCAGAAGGGUGGAAUUUGCCAGCUUAUCUUUCAGUACUCAUUGCUUUUGGUAAUGUGGGUCCACUGGCUGUCACUAUAACCCACCACUUUGCUCCUGGGUGUCUGAAUGAGCGUGUCCUCAUUCAUGUCAUACAGGCCCUGGCGGUGCUUGCUUCAGCCUUUCUCGCCCUCUUCUGGUCAGAAGUGGCUACAGUUGCUGGGGCACAAAGAUCCAUUGCUUUCUUGUUGCUCUCUUUGGUGCUGGCAACUGUGUGCUGCACAUCUAACGUUACCUUUUUGCCCUUUAUGUUUCGUUACCCUCCACAGUACAUCCGGACAUUUUUUGUGGGCCAGGGGCUCAGUGCGCUUUUCCCGUGUAUCGUGGCGCUAGGACAAGGUGUGGGAAAGGUCGAGUGUGUUGAGACGGAAAAUGGCACACAUCCUCAUUAUCUUAAAGAGAACUUCCCAGCACAGGACUUCUUCUGGUUCUUGUCUGUCAUGCUGGCCAUCUCUUCACUCUCCUUCUUGGCACUGACAUACACAGUUGCUACAUCUUCUGAAGCAAGUCAGGUUCCAGAGCAAGAGACUGAGAAAUAUCAAGGACAAGAGACACACCCGUUACAAAAUGAAGCAACGCCAGUAUCCGAGGAACAUGCGGAAGUAGAGAGAAAGGACACUGUUGUGUCUUUUUGGACUUUACACAAUAUCUACCUGCUCCUGCUCCUCGGAAUCUCCACUGCUCUUACUAAUGGAGUGUUGCCGUCAGUUCAGAGCUUCUCCUGCCUGCCGUACGGUACCAUGGCUUUUCACCUCUCUGUUGUCUUGGGAAAUCUUGCCAACCCUCUGGCAUGCUUUGUGGCCAUGGCUGUUAUUCUAAGGUCCAGUGUUGGCCUUACGUUAAUGUCUCUUGGAGGAGGGCUGUUUGCUGUAUAUCUGUUAGUCCUGGCCGCUCUUAGUCCAUGCCCACCCCUCUUGGGAACCAAUGCAGGAGUGGCUAUGGUGGUCAUCUCAUGGAUCAUCUUCACAUUUUUGUUCUCGUAUGUAAAGGUGGUGGUUAGCACUCUUCUCCAUGAGCAAGGACACACCGCUCUGCUCUGGUGUGGAGUGUUCAUCCAGGUUGGUUCUCUCAUCGGAGCACUCACCAUGUUCCCGCUAGUGAGUGUGUACCAGGUAUUUCGGCGAGCUCAAGACUGUGUGAACGCCUGCAGCUAGCACCAAUGUCGACAGACAACCACACUCAUUUUGUGCCUUUAUCUGAUGAAUAGAUUUACAGAAGGAAUGGAAAUGGGAAGAAUUGUGAAGUUUCUGUCAUUAUAGUUUGAAGUAAUACUGUUUUAGAAGAAGUAAAGGGGUUUUUGCAAUUCUAAAAAUAAAAAUGCCACUUGCACACGCAAGAAAGAAUCCAAUGUUUGCAACAAGACGCACUCGGUAAUAGACUCAGUAAAGUCAUAAAUUAUGACUUUAGUCUCCACAUAUCACCACAGAUUUUGUCUGCCUACUUUGGUGUAGACUGUUAAAUAUUUUACAGCUCACAGCAAAAUGUUGUCCAUAGUCUAAAAAGGUUACAUGAGGUCAUUCCUCACCUUUAAAUUCACAGGUUUGUCAGCUAAGGAGUGCACUGCUAUAAGAAAAAAAAUAAACAGAGAAAAUUUUACGUCUUUAAAGGAAAUCUGAAAAUUACAGACUUCAGAAUUCAUUGUCAACAGAAUUCCUUGUUGUUUGAUCGAUUAUAAUAAUAAUAGUUAUAAAAUGUGUAAUAAUAAUUAUAAAUAAUUAUUUAACCAAUUAAAGAGUUUCACUAAACAAUCAUAACUGUUCCAUAUAUUAUCAUUCCACAAUGCCAUGAUAAAUUAAAUUAUUAUUAUAAUUUCUCUUUAUUCCACUGUAAUAGCACUAAUAUUUAUUGUUUUACUUUAUAUUUAUAUUAACUCUAAUUUUAAUGACAAUUGUUGGGGUAGAUAGAUUCAUUUAGACAACUUUACAAAUUGUCAAAAUUGCAUAAUUUUAAGUAAUGUUAUAGAAUGUUUAUUUUAAUGUUUUUGAAGAUCUUUUAUUUUAACCUGAGCUAUGCUCAUUAUUAACCUAAUUAUAGGACUGUAUGGAAAAUUGACUUUAUGGACAGUUGUAAUACUGUAAUUAUUUAGUGCAAUGUUAAGUAUUUUCAUUUAUCUUAAGGAAAAUUAUAAGAAGCUGCCUAUCUUACACUACACUAAAUACAGCUAAAUACAACAUCUAGUUUAUUGCAAAUGAUAUCCAAAAAAAACAAACAAAAAAAAAAACAAAAAAACAUUGAGUUGUCUAUGUGAUGCUCAUGCUUGGAUGUUCAUGUUUCUACCUAGUGUAGUUUUUAAGAUGUGAUUAUACAUAUUCAGGGAAAGACCUGUGCUUACUAUGAUGAUGUGUGUAUAUGAUAGUGUGUUUUCUUUGUUUGAAGUUGACUAAUUAUAUGUAUUUUAAUUAUUUACUGUAUCUAUAUACUACACACUGCCUGGCAAAAAAAAACAUGUUUCAUAAGGGUCAAAAUAUUGUCCUGCACCAAGCAAAAUAUUGAAAUUUACUGGAAUUGGGUUAAGAACUGCUCAAUGCAAUACUAAAAUCUGGAAGGGUAGUACUGAGCCAUCAACUUUGUGGAGAAAUUUUGGUUAGAAAAACACCAUGAAUGUGUGUGAUCAGAAAUCACUUAAAUGAUUGGCAAAGUUGUAUGAUAGAAAAAAAAUCAACAGUAGAAAAUUAGAUGUACCUUAUGUGUAAUAGUGAAAAUAGCCUUUUCACAGAGGUAAUGGGAUGAAAACUUACAGGAUUGGGACUAAACAGCAGUGGUCUUAAGGAAACCACUUGUUAGUGAGACUAAUCAGAAAAAAAGUGGGAAGAAGAGCAUGAAGCGAUGCACCAAUAAUGCAUUGUGAAAACUAUACAAGCUACUGGCAGUGUCAGGUCAGAGUCAGUUAGUCUGGUCUAGGCUCAGCAAAAUUGUUCGGCCUUAAAAUUAAAUCAGCUGAUGACCUUGAUGUACUGAAUGACCAGAUUACCACACCUAUGCAUAUUCCAGGACGCAAAUAGUAAAGGGGCAUUUCUGGGAGCAUAAAGACUCAUUUUCACACAUAAAUUGCCAUCACAUUGUGCAAUGUAAUUUAGACUAAAGCCAGGUGAAGUGAACCCUAAAAUGUUUUACUUUUUUCCUAUUUGGCCAAGGUAGUGUAUAAAUGCCUAGUCAAAAGGGUUUUCAAUGAUUUGAUUAAAUUAAAGAUCGAUCAGAUAUUUAAUAAUAUAUUAAACAUUUACUGUUUAUGUAUUUUACUUGAAUAAAUAGUUACAAAAUGUUGGUAACAAAUGGUUGAAAAUAUUUUCUCUAAUAUUUAGAGUAUAGAAAAAACUUAAACACCUUUAUCUGUGAAUCUGAUAGUCACACAUGAAAUCUUUUUUUUUCUUUUAUCUGUACUCUGUCAUCUUUGUAAUAGCUGACUAUCAUGAUUGAAUUAUGUUUAUCAAAAAGAUUUUUGCUGAAUUACAGUACAGUAUUAAAGAAUGUCUGAUGUAUUAAAGAUCA